AUCACACACACACACACUUCGCAUCUUCUCAUUGUCCCCAAUCACUUCGCCGCCGCCGUUCAUCGACACUUCUCAUCUCAAACCCCUUCUCCGCCAUGGCAAUGUCACUGGGCAAUGCCCGGAGGGGCAGGCCACAGAACAAGAUUCGCGCACCACCAAAGGUCCAAAAACAAGUCAGCAUCAAGGACACUUGGGCCAAGCUGUCGGCGGCACUGCGCACCAUUCUCAACCACAAGACAUCGACCCUGUUCUUCGCAGAGACCUUCAAUUAUGCCUACAACAUGGUGCUCUUCAAGGAGGGCCCGAUGCUCUACAAGGGUGUCAAGGAGCUCAUUACCGAACACCUCGAUCUCCUCGCCGAAGAGCGCAUUGUUCCCGCCUUCCCUCGUGCAUCAGGCGCGCAUACGGCCGGCAAGCUCGGUGGCGGCCAGGAGGCCAUCGAGCGAGCCGUUGAAGGCGACAGGUUCCUCCGGGCGGUCAAGGGCGUGUGGGACGACCAUGUGCAGGCCAUGCGCUCCAUGAACCAUGUUUUGGCGUACCUCAACAAGGGCUACGCCAUGACCAACGGGCUGCCCAUGGUCGAGGAGGUCGGCCGCGACCUCUUCCUGUCCCAAAUCGUGCGAUCCAGCAAGCACCCGAUCCAUACACACCUAAUCGGCACUCUUCUGUCACUGGUGCAGCUUGAGCGUGAUGGAGAGGCGAUUCAGCGCUCGAGUAUUCGCGACUGCGUCGACUUCCUCCUCCGCCUCGAGAACCCCGAGGCGAUGGGAGGCAGAACGGUCUAUGUCACGUCCUUCGAGCCCGAGUUCCUGCGCAGGAGUAAGGACUUUUACGGGCAGGAGGCGGUUGCCAUGUUGGAGAGGGGAGACGCCCCGGCAUAUCUGCGCAACGUCGAGACUCGGUUCGCGGAGGAGGCCAACCGGACGGCAAACUACUUGUCGUCGUUUACGUGGAAGCAGCUGGACGGGCUGCUGAUUGGCAGCCUGCUGACACCACACCUGCAAGCUAUCAUGAAGAUGCCUGGAUCAGGGCUCGGCGCCAUGCUCGAGGCCGACCGCUACGACGACCUGCACCGCCUGUACACGCUCUUCCUCCGUGUGCCCGACGAUGGUGGAAAGGAUGCACUGCGCCUGGCACUGCGCGAGAGCGUCGAGUCGUACGGCAAGGCCAUCAACGACGGCGCGUCGAGGGUGGAGCAGGAUGCCGGCCCCAGCACCGGAGGCAUGGACGAGGACGAGAAGCCUGAUCCCAAGGGCAAGGGUAAGGCCAAGGCGCCGACUGCCGCUGCUUCGGCAUUAUCUCAGGGCCUGCGCUGGGUGCAGGAUGUCCACGACCUGAAGGACAAGUUUGAUGCCAUCCUGGAGCAGGCUUUCGGCGGCGACAAGCAGAUCCAGGCGUCCAUCAACGAAGCCUUCCAGUCAUUCAUCAAUGCCAACCAGCGCUCCCCAGAGUUCCUCUCCCUCUUCAUCGACGACCACUUGAAGAAGGGUGCCAAGGCCAAGACAGAGGACGAGAUUGACGUCGCGCUGGAGAAGACCAUCAUCCUGUUCAGGUUCCUCUCGGACAAGGACAAGUUUGAGAGGUACUACAAGAACCAUCUGGCCAAGCGACUGCUCUACGGCCGCAGUGCCAGCGACGAUGCGGAGCGUGGAAUGGUGGCCAAGCUCAAGGUGGAGAUGGGCUUCCAGUUCACGCAGAAGCUCGAGGGCAUGUUCACCGACAUGCGCUUGAGCGCCGAGUCUGCCAACUCGUUCCGUAACUUUAUGGGCAAGAGCAACGCGACACUCCCCUUCGACAUCUCUGUCAACGUUCUCACUGCGAGCUACUGGCCUCAGCCAGUGGUCGCAGCGUCGACAUGUACCUUUGGUCCGACCUUGUCGCAGGCAACAGACCUGUACCAGAAGUACUAUGACGGCCGGCAUACUGGUCGUCGCCUUACGUGGCAGGCGAACCUGGGUACAGCUGAUGUGCGCGUGCGCUUCAAGGCGCGGUCGCAUGAUCUCAAUCUCUCAACUCAGGCGCUUGUCGUGCUGCUCCUCUUCGAGGAUGUCAAGGACGACGAGACGCUGUCUUACAACGACAUCAAAUCCGCCACUGGUCUUGCCGACGCCGACCUGCAGCGCACCCUGCAGUCCCUCGCAUGUGCCAAGUUCCGUGUCCUGACGAAGACGCCCAAGGGCCGUGAGGUCAACCCCACCGACGUCUUCUCCUUCAAUGAUGCCUUUACGUCGCCGCUUGCGAGGAUCAAGAUCAUGCAGGUGGCGUCCAAGGUUGAGACUCCCAAGGAGCGCGAGGAGACGCAGGAGAUGGUCGACGAGGAGCGGCGACACCAGAUCGAGGCCUGCAUUGUCCGCAUCAUGAAGAACCGCAAGACGAUGACGCACAACGACCUCAUCUCGGAGGUUGCGCACCAGCUGAGCGCGCGCUUCGUGCCAUCCAUGUCGAACAUCAAGAAGCGCAUUGAGUCUCUCAUUGACCGCGAGUACCUUGAACGGACAAAUGACAUUGGCGUGUACCGUUACCUGGCGUAA